AUGCACCUGGCCGGAUUACUGCUCGCCCUGGAGAAGAGAGAGAAGGGGGAGCAGCGUGACCGCGGCUCACCUUCCCCAGCCAUGUGCUCGGUAAGCGAGGGUAGCAGUACAGACCCCUUGGUGGCCCGCUUCAAACAGGUGGAGGAGACGCUGGAGAAGCUGCACCGGGAGAACAGGAGCUUGAAGAACAAAGUGCCUCGGUACAACGCGCUCUGCACCUUGUACCACGAGUCCGCUCAGCAACUGAAGCACCUCCAGCUGCAGCUGGCUGCCAAGGAGGCGACGAUCCGGGAUCUUUCCAUUUUUUUUGAGGAAAAUCUCUACUACCUGGAAGUACAGAAGUUGAAUCAGCAACUAGAGGAGAAAAAUGGAGAGAUACAGCAGAUGAUAAAUCAGCCUCCGUAUGAAAAGGAGAGAGAAAUCUUACGACUUCAGAAGAGCUUGGCAGAGAGAGAGAAGGCUCAGGCCACCAGCGAUGUUUUGUGCCGUUCACUCACUGACGAAACUCACCAACUUCAACGCAAAUUAGCAUCCACAGCAGAAAUGUGUCAACAUCUGGCAAAAUGUCUAGAAGAGAAGCAAAGGAAAGAGAAGGGGAAUUCAGACGACCAGAUACCUACCGAAAGAUCUAAUCAGCUUUUGGACAAUGAAACUUCACUUCAAGCUCUUAUCUGCAACCUACAAGAUGAAAACAGGAUGUUAAAACAAAAAGUAGCUCAUGUGGAAGACUUAAAUGCAAAAUGGCAGAAAUACGAUGCAAGUAGGGAUGAGUAUGUGAAGCGACUCCACUUGCAGUUAAAAGAGAUGAAGUUGCAACUGGAGCAGCAGCACGGCGUAACUUCAGCACAAACAAAUGCUGACCUGAUGCACAAGGAGAUAUUCCGGUUAAACAAGCUACUGGAAGAAAAAAUGAAUGAGUGCAUAAAAACAAAGAGAGAAUUAGAAGAUGUGAAGAAGGCCAGUGAAGGAGAUAAUGAGCGCAUACAAAUGCUGGAGCAACAGGUCCUAGUUUAUAAAGACGAUUUCACAUCUGAGAGAUCGGACAGAGAACGAGCACAGAGUAAAAUACAAGAGCUUCAGGCAGAAGUUGCAUGUCUGCAGCACCAGCUAGCAAGAAGACAGGACUCGAGAGACACAAGUAGUCAUUUCAGAGUUCACGUUGGUAACCAAAAUCAUAUGUACGUACAGACGAACGUUGAACAUCUACGAGGCAAUAGCCCGGGCCAAACAGGCAGGAGAAGAACAUCCUCACAGGCUGAACAAGCUUCUCCCCCUGCGGACAGUGGAAACUCGGGAUCCGAGGGCAGGGCACAGGGUGAACUUAGAUGCCCUCAUUGUAUGAGGUUUUUCAGUGAUGAACUCAGCGAUGAAUUCCUCAAGCAUGUUGCUGAAUGUUGUCAGUGA